AUGAUUGGAAAACGGAAGAGAGACACGUCUGUUGUGUCCCGAUCUACGACAGUGGAGGACGAGGAGGUCUCUCCACCCCCUCCAGACACCUCCGCUCAGGAUGUUUUUCGGAAGUUUUUUGAAGCUCAAUUUCAGCCAUUAGAGGUGCCUAAACGUCAGGCUACGGACACUGAUGCUUCCGAAGAGGAGGAUGAGGAUGAGGACGACGAGUCAGAAGAUGGCGACACUGGAUCUGAAUGGGACGGGCUCUCUGGGGACGAAGGAGCAUCCAACGCGGUGGAGGUGAUCUCCUACGCCGACUCCGCUAAGACUGAAGCCCCGUUGGAUAAGAAGGCGCGCAAGGCGUUCAUGACUGCAAAGCCCCCAUCGUUCGAGGUGAAGGCGACCAGCGCAAAGCGAUCCCCUUCCAAGGAUGAAGAUGAGGAUGGAAUUGACGCGGCUGACGCGGACAAUCUGAAGAACGACCUUGCGCUUCAACGGCUGCUCAAAGAAUCGCACCUGCUAGAGUCGGGGUCGGAUCUCGCACCCACAGGCAAAAACCGACUCAAGGCCCUCGACCUCCGAAUGCAGUCGCUCGGAGCGAAGACAUCCCUCUAUCACCAGAAAAUGCCGUCGUCGCAUCGGAGAGGCAUCAAAGCCAAGGCCGAAAAGAGGGAGGAAAGGCGACGCCUGGAAGCCAAGGAAAACGGAAUUAUUCUGGAGAAGCCCACACCAAAGUCGAAGACUAGUGUUGGGCGACGAGAACGUGGUGUUGGAGGGCCUACUAUUGGCAAGUUCUCCGGCGGUACCUUGAACCUUAGCAAACGCGAUCUGUCGGCCAUCCAGAAACCGCGCCGGUCAGGCAAAGGAAAGACGCGCGGACGGCGUUGA